AUGGUGGACGAAGUUCCAGCAAAACUCGAUGAAAAGUCUCAAGAAAUUCUUAGAGAAUAUCUUGCAACAAAACAAGAAGAUAAAACUCCUUUAGAAACGAUUUACUUUGAUCUUGCUGUUGGGUUACGUGAAGAUGAGACAAUGGAAUAUAGAAUGGCUGUUGUUAAUUUUGUAGAAAGAAGGUUUAAACUUAUUAGACAUGGAAAAGUACGUGAGGAAUAUCCAUUUACUUCAUUAAAUACAGUUACUGUAUGUUCAAGUCCAACUCAAUUUAAAAUGAAAUUAACGUUAUGUGAACAACCAUCAAUUUUAUUAUUAAUGCAAAAUGAAAGUGAUUUUAAUUCAUUAUUUGAAAUUCUUCGAACUAUAACAACUGAUAACAAUUCAAUCUUAUUCAAAGAAGAUUUCCUUCAAGAU